AUGAGAUUGAAAAAAUUGUCAUUAACAAUUGCAUUAUGUUUCCUUGUGCAGAUUGCCUUAGCCGAUGAUGGUGAGGUGGUCAAAGGCAACGAAGAAAUAUCCGAUCACGAUAAUGAAGUGGAUCAAGUUGCAUUGGAAUCCGAGCCGGAGCCUCAACAACAGCCACAAAAAGUCCACUACCAACACAAUAUGCAACAGCAGCCACCACCACAGGGACCAGGUCCGGCCCGAAGUAAGAAAUUGGUUUAAGAUUAAGUCCGAAGAACUGUGAUAAUUUUGUAAAUAAUAGCCACCUUUUAUGUAAUUACAGGCAAUAAUCAAGGUAUACCGUUGGCAUUGGGUCAACCUUUCGGACCACCACCACCUCCAUCACAACUGGCCUAUCAGGGUCCACCACCACCAUUACCACCUCAGAGACCACCACCAGCUCCGGUGCAUGUACCCCAAGCAUUACCCGAUUUAAGUGUGGGCGCUUCCAGUACCAAUGAAAUUUGGUCAUCUCCCGUGCAGGAUAUGGCCAAAAUUAUUUCCCUCGAUGUGAAAUGUGAAAAGAACGGCAUGAAAGUGUUCGUACAGUUCGACAAACCCUUCUAUGGCAUUGUAUUCUCCAAGGGUCAUUACAGCAAUAUGAACUGUGUCCAUUUGCCAUCAGGCCUGGGACGUGCCUCGGCCACUUUCGAUAUUGGUCUCCAUGAGUGUGGUACUUCAGGUAAUACAGAAAAUGGACUCUACGGUUAUGGUCAUGAAUCUGGAUCGGGUACAUAUUUCGAAAACAUCAUUGUCAUCCAAUACGAUCCUCAGGUUCAAGAGGUAUGGGAUCAGGCCCGCAAGCUGCGAUGCACCUGGCAUGAUCAAUACGAAAAGAGUGUAACCUUCCGACCAUUCCCAGUCGAUAUGUUGGAUGUGGUGAGGGCGGACUUUGCUGGUGACAAUGUAGGCUGUUGGAUGCAAAUCCAAGUGGGCAAAGGACCUUGGGCUUCCGAAGUUUCUGGUCUGGUGAAGAUUGGUCAAACUAUGACCAUGGUGUUGGCCAUUAAAGAUGACGAUUCUAAGUUCGAUAUGUUGGUAAGAAAUUGUGUAGCCCAUGAUGGUAAACGUGCACCCAUACAGCUGGUGGAUCAGCGGGGCUGUGUUACUCGACCCAAGCUAAUGUCUCGUUUUACGAAAAUCAAAAACUUCGGAGCCUCCGCCUCGGUGUUAUCUUAUGCCCAUUUCCAAGCCUUCAAAUUCCCAGACUCCAUGGAAGUGCACUUCCAGUGUACCAUACAAAUUUGUCGUUAUCAGUGUCCUGACCAGUGUUCUGACCCCAAUCUUCAAGAAGUUCAUCACCUACAAGUCGGUCCCGAGUCACAAUAUGGCCCACCACCACCACAACUUCAUGUCGACACCUAUCACGUAGGCAGUUCCAUUGGUAAACGAAGAGAUGAACGUCGUGUUCAGCGUCGUGCUCGUGCCGUCGAUCCCAAUGAACCGCAAGUGGGUUUGAAUCGUAUCAUCAAAGUUGUGUCGUCGGGUGAUUUGACAUUUGCCAUCGAUGAAAAUGCCAAUGCCACCGCAACAGCUGCAGCCCAAACAAUGGUCUUCCCAGCCCGAGAAGAUGGUCUCAUUUGCAUGACUACGCCUGGUUUUGCGAUAACCCUAAUCGUACUGCUGGGCAUUUUGGUAACAUCGUGUCUUAUUUCUGCAGUUCUCUACAUCCGCUUAAGGCCGUUCUCAUCGAUUUCAAAGAAAGAACGGGCAGUGGCAUUUACCAAUCCUCAAUUGUCAGGAACAUUACCGGUUAUACAGAUACCUCCACCACCGCCAUCAAGUCAUCAUGGUACACUGUCGAAGACAAGAACGCAUUCGUAAGACUUCUAGU